GGAGGCUGCCAUGGGAGUCUCCCUGCUCCUGCCAGCCUGGGCCCUGUGGCUGGCGGGGCGAUGCAGCCAGCCAGUUCCAGUUCAACCACCAGCUCCGUCUGUGGCUGGCAAACACAACACGGCCAGCCGCCCAGUUCUUCUAUCAUAUUCUGAGGUGCCAACCGCCUCACGUCGACUCCCCCCCUGCUUCCUGCGCACUCAACCGGCUUCUCACCCGAGCGAAGAUGUCGCAACUCCCAACCUGCGUCGCUCAAGCACAUCAAGGCCCAUCGCGCGGCGCGGGUCGUACUAGUGGACAGAAGCGCCGGCAAUGCAUGACAUCCAAGUCUAUCCAGCGAGCUAUCGACCGGAUUGCGGUCGCUUUCAUGGCAUCCAUGGUCUUCUUCGUGUUCUACGCAUUAUCAGCUCAAGUAUUUGGGACUUCGCCGCCAACCGCAACGCACGGCGUCCACCCAAUUCCCGCCGCAGACCUCCAAGCUAGCUCACGCCCAAGUGGACGCUGGGAACUCUGGCAGAAGGCGCUGGUUGAUGCAGAUGUCCUCUCCGACGUUUUCGAGUCACUAUUCGACAUAUCCGGGCUACUGGACCUAGAUGAGGACGCGCCGCACUUCGAACUGCGAAGAAGAGAGCUCGCACCGGAUGACUCGCCUCAGCAGCAGCUUCACUUCACCGUCGACUCAGCGCAAGACGACGCCCUUGGUCGCGACGUGGCAACGAAUCCCGAAGGCCUCGUAGGCGCGUUCCGUGCCUUGUCGCAAGCACAGAGGGAGGAGGCCCAACGCCGAGUUGGAAGCAAGUCGAGGCAACGCGUCUAG